GUCUUGCAGCUUGGCUAGACUGCAUAGACACAAUUACUUAGCACAAACAGCCUCUACUCUAGGCUCUGCUGAUCUGCCCUUAUAAUAAAAGUAUUAGACGUAACACAUUUUCAAUUACUUUUCUCGUUCACCGGUACUCCACCACAAUGUUUGCUUGUCAAAGAGAUUCCUAUGCGAGGUCUUUCAAAUCCACUGUGAAGUCCUGUGAGCCCGUGAAAUUCGAGAGUGCAGAUGCAUUUGAAGUCAUCCUUGAGGACACGGUACUGUUUCCUGAGGGUGGUGGACAGCCGGACGACAGAGGAACAGUGGGAGGUGUGCCAGUGAAACGUGUCGUGCGACGUGGCAGCAAUGCUGUACACAUUGUACAGGAAAAGCUGGAUGUGGGUGCCGAGGUCGAGACCGUCGUCGAUUGGAAGCGCCGCUUUGAUAACAUGCAGCAGCACUCUGGCCAGCAUCUUAUAACUGCACUGGCCAUCAACAAAUGGAACUACAAGACAACAUCCUGGAACUUGGGCGAGGCGAAGUCUUUCCUAGAACUGGAUUGCAAGUCACUUCCAACGGAGCAAAUUGAUGAGCUGGAAUGCAUGGUGAACAACGCAAUUUUAGAAUGUCGUCCCAUGACGCCUCGCCUUGUGGAGUCAGGGUCAGAUGAACUGAAUGAGAUUCGCUCCAGAGGCCUGCCAGCUGAUCAUGUUGGUCCAGUACGUGUUGUGGAAAUUCAAGGUAUUGAUUCUAACAUGUGUUGUGGUACUCAUGUCUCCAAUAUCAGUCACUUGCAGGCCAUUAAGCUGCUACACACUGAGAGCAAGCGCGGCCACACGCUGCUGUAUUACGUUGCUGGCCAGCGUGCCCUUGCACUACUACAGCGCUGUGUGGACACAGAGCGGCAGCUCACUCGCUUGCUCAGCUGCGGUCCCGAGGAGCAUCCACAGUUUGUUGAUCGCCUCCUGAAGACACAGAAGACGACGACCAAGGUACUACGUAAUCAACUUGUAGAAAUUGCUGAACUGCUGGUGGCCAAGCAUCUAGCAGAGAAACCUCCCAAGCCUGUCUUGUCUAUUCACCGGGAAGAAGGUGACAUGUCAUUUAUGAAUGCGUUGGCGUCAGGACUCGAAGGCCAGGAUGUGGUACUGUUUGUGACAUGCGGCCCGGACAAGGGUCCAGGACCAUUCUUAGUGGCUGGCCCUGCUGACAAGGUGUCAUCACUUGGACCCAAGAUAGCGAAGGUUCUGGACGGCAAGGGUGGGGGACGUGGUGCACGCUAUCAAGGCAAAGCAAACUCUUUUGCCAAGAGAGCCGAUGCAGAGGCCUUGCUUCAAGAAUAGGUGCUUUGUAGGGAUUGAGACGAACAAAUACAACUAUUCUUAUAAAACUGCUUUGCAAAACUUGCUCUAAAUUCAUUAUUAUUCUCGUCAUUUUUCAGGAGAUGGCGCACAGGUUUGCUGAAUACUGCAAUAGUGAUAUCAGCUGGCCUGAUUCCCCUAGUUCUUCAGCUUUAGUAGAUUUUUUUCCUUCUUCCACCAGCCAAUGCAUGGUUGCACUGCUGUGCUAUGCACACAAACUGUGUAGUAAGCUGGGCGUGCUGGCCCCCGCUUUCUGCUUUCUAGCUGUUGACUUCUUUGUGCACUCAUUUAAUUUUUUUGACUACGCAUUGUACGGUAUUUAUUGCACUCCGUAUUGUGGGUGCUUCUAACGGCAUCCAUCGCAUUCUUUUAAAACUAGUGUAGUUCUUAGAACCAA